CAGUUUUGUUUUUUCGCUAAUAACAAUGCAUGUUGUAUUAAGGCCGAGAUACCGGAAGUAAAAUGUGACAUUUGGCAUGUGCUUCAUUCGGGGCGCAGUUCGACGUUGGUUUCUGAUAUGAAUUGAUAAUUUUCAUGCUAAUGUUCACCCGAUUACGUUUUGAAGGAUGAGCCAGCCAACAACUCCUACUUCCAAAGAGCGGAACCAGUCUGUUCUCUUAAGGAAGGGCUCAGCCAACAAAAUUCCGCUGAAGGAAAAAAUUGUACAGAUAUAUGAAGCAUUUUUUCAGGGUGAAGAUCCUUCCACUGGAAAUCCUAACUUCUGGGAUGAGCUUUUUCUCCUCAAGGUCAACAAUGCUUAUCUUGAUAAAGAAUUUGACAAACUGAGUGGAGAGGGGUUGUUAUCAUUGAAGGAAAAUUUUAACCUCUUGUUUUACAAAAGUGUGGAAUAUUUAAAACAGGACAGUCCCAUUCGUGUAUUUAAUGCUUUACAGACAAUAUGUGCACUUAUCAAGGGUGUGUUUAAGAAAAGUCGUGGCGAGUAUGGGUUUGAUGUCAUCAAUAUUCUGAUUGGAUUUGACAGUGCAGAAGUGGUGAUGCAGAGCCUGGUGGAGACCUUAAAUAACUUCCUGACAGGAGAGUACCCAAUGAAUAUUAAGCAGCUGACCUUGAAAUUUUUUCUUGCCCUUGUCACAGCCACAGAUAACAUCAGUCAGAACACUCUCCUGGAGUACUUGAUGAUUAACAGUGUGUUUGAGGCUCUUAUCCAGAUUAUGGGAAACUUGGUGGCCCGUCAGACUUUGGGCUCCGAUACAGUCCUCCUGCUAACAUUACUUGUUCAGUAUAGAAAGUAUGAGUCUGCCAACCCAUAUAUAGUCAAGCUCUCCAUUUUAGAUGAUGAAUUGGCAAUGACAGGAUAUGCUCAAGUCGUGUCUUCAGUAUUAUCAGAUUUCAACAGGGAAUUCCAGCUGAAGCACACAGAACCACAGGGAGGCUGGUUCUCAUCUUUUACAAACAUGGUUGGAAACAUGUUUGUUGCAGAAGAAAAAGAAGUUGAAAUGGUCAAGGCAAAUGAUUCAAUAUUGUUAGCCCUAUAUGAAGCUAUUCAUCUAAACAGGAAUUUCAUCACAGCCCUGACACAUUCUCAUACACACUCCACCCCAACCACUCCACCAGCCUCUCCAGUCACUGCCAACCCUCCAUCAUUUGAGACAGCAAAUACCCCAACAGAGAUUCCCGCCACACCCCUGGAGCCCAUCAGUCAACCCACAAAUCUUCUGGUCACCUUCCUGGAGUACAGCUCUAUUGUCAUGCAGGAUACUAAAGAUGAAACGAGAUAUAAUAAUGCAAAACUCUGCCUUGUGAUUUUAAAUUGCAUUGCUGAGGAUCAAUAUGCAAAUUCUUUGAUACACGAUGUUAACAUGAACUUCAGGGUACCCCUACAUAGGAUGCCAAUGAGGCAUCGGAAGUUAAAGGUAGACAAAAAUCCACCCUCUAGACCUCUGGCCUGUGCACUUAUAGAUUUAAUUGUGGAGUUUACAAUGAGUCACAUGAUGAAAAACUUCCCCAUGGACCUGUACUUACGGUGCUUAGGUAUAACACAUAGGGUUUUGUGUUAUCAGAAAAGAUGUCGUGUUCGUCUGAAUUAUGCCUGGAAAGAGCUCUGGACAGCAUUAAUAAACUUACUGAAGUUUAUUCUCUCACAUGAGACUCAGUUGGUGAAGAAGCACAACAUUUUCUUGCUGGCCUCUAGGGUGGUAAAUGUGUUUAAUCUAUUCAUCACCUAUGGGGACACUUUCCUGCCAAACCCUAACAGCUAUGAUGAGCUGUAUUAUGAAUUGAUCAGGAUGCAUCAGGUGUUUGACAAUGUUUACUCUAUGGCUUUAAGGUACACAACUAAUGAUGGUCAGUGGAAGGAAGCUGCUGCCAAGAUGAUCAACUGUCUGGUCAACAUACGAGCUAUCAUCAACCACUUCACCCCUAAAGUGGACACCUGGGCAGCGGUGAAUCACUUGUCUUCUCUGACAGAGGAACAGGUGCUGGAGGUUGUGAGGAGUAACUAUGACACUCUGACCCUCAAGCUACAGGACAGCCUGGAUCAAUUUGAGAGAUACUCAGAGACUCCAAGGGAGACCAGCUUCUUCACACAGCUAGUGCGUUCCAUUAUCUCAGAUGUGAAGAAGUCUGUAGGAAAUUAUAGUGUACAGCCUCAAGAUAUGCUGCUGGAGCUGACAACCAUGUCCUAGACGUACCUCUGUGGCACUGGGCAUAGCGGUGACUCCAAGUGCAGCUGAGACACAGAGCACAGCUGAGGCAUAGGGUGUAGCUGUGGCACUGGGUGUAGCUGAGGCACUGAGUGCAUCUGUGGCACUGGGAGUAGCUGUGGCAUUUGG